GCUCUGCUAAUAGUCUCUCUCUCUCUCUCACACACACACCCACCCCCACACACAGACUUAAUUCAACGAUUCUGGUACUGUUAUUUAGGAAUCAGAUCACGAAGUUUCGCCGGUCGAUCCCUAAAAUUCGAAUCUUCGCAGCCGCAUUCGUUCGAUUCAAUUCUUUUUCUUCUUCAGUUGAACAUAUGGAGAACAGCUCUCCAUAUAGGGACGGCUUGCCGACGACGUCGUCCUCGGCCUCGUUGAAAUCAGAGAGACGAUCCAAAUCGAAGUCUAUUCAAACGUCUAAACCCUCCCUUAUCAUGGCCUUCUUCUCUUGCGUCGCUUGGCUCUACGUCGCCGGCCGGUUGUGGCAAGACGCUGAGAACAGAACGUUACUUGCUAAUCUUCUUAAGAAGAAUUGGGGCCAGAGACCGAAGGUUCUUACAGUUGAAGAUAAGCUAAUGGUCCUUGGAUGCAAGGAUUUGGAGAGGAGAAUAGUGGAAGCUGAGAUGGAGUUAACGAUGGCGAAGAGUCAAGGUUACCUCAAGAACCAGUUGCAUCAAAGUGGGUCCUCUUCUGGCAGAAAGCUUCUUGCUGUUAUUGGAGUUUAUACUGGAUUUGGGAGUCGGUUAAAGCGAAACGUGUUUAGGGGCUCUUGGAUGCCGAAAGGUGAUGCUUUGACAAAACUUGAAGAAAGAGGUGUUGUCAUACGCUUUGUAAUUGGUCGGAGUGCUAAUCGAGGUGACAGCUUGGAUCGUAAUAUUGAUGAGGAAAAUCACAUGACAAAGGAUUUCUUGAUUCUUGAUGGUCAUGAGGAGGCCCAAGAGGAGUUUCCAAAGAAAGCUAAAUUCUUCUUUAGUACAGCAGUCCAAAAUUGGGAUGCAGAGUUUUAUGUAAAAGUUGAUGACAGCAUUGACCUUGACCUUGAUGGGUUAAUUGAACUUCUCCAAAGCCGCCGUGGUCAAGAUAGUGCUUAUAUUGGAUGCAUGAAGUCUGGAGUAGUGAUUGCUGAAGAGGGAAGGCCAUGGUAUGAACCUGAUUGGUGGAAGUUUGGAGAUGAGAAAUCGUACUUUCGGCAUGCAGCUGGCUCAGUUUUCAUACUUUCGAAAAAUUUGGCUCAGUACAUUCACAUUAACAGUGCAUCUUUGAAAACUUAUGCUCAUGAUGAUAUAUCAGUGGGGUCCUGGAUGAUGGGUCUCCAAGCAACAUAUACAGAUGAGAAUCGUCUGUGCUGUAGUAAUGACAGACAAGGUAAAUAUGCUUCCAUGGUAUUACUUUGACAGUUGAUAUCCUGUGGGUGCUACCUAGCAUCUUUGUCCUUGUCUAUCUUAUGAUAUAUGUCUCCUUUUGGCACAACUGAGAGGUAUGAUGCUUGAAAAUUUUAUCACCUACUGUUCGAUCUUGUCUAUAUUAGACAUAAUGCAGUAUCUAAACAGUUUACUCUUAUAUCACAAAAGAAACAUAGGAAAAAGAAACAAACUAUGUGAUAUACUUGAGAACCACUUCCCUGAAGAAAAAAAGAAGCUCUGCACUAAUAGGCUAACCCCACCAGGCAAUGAGAAGAAUGCAAAUUGUGGGUCAAAUUUCCUUCAUUUUCUAUUGUUUGGGGUCCUUAACUGUUUGUUAUGAAUGAUCUGAGUGGGGUUUAGUUUCUUCAUUACUGAUUUGACCCAUAUUGGUCUGCCAAACUGUUUCUUGUAUUAACUGUUGGAAGUUUGUCUUUCCCAGACAAGGUAUGUUCAUUGGCUUGAUGAGAGGAGACAGCUGCAUUUUUAUCGUAGCAGAUGCCUCCAACGUCUUGGUGGGCUUGGAUUCAGGCAUUUGAUGAGGGCUUGCUUGAAUCGGGACAUUGCAUGUGGAAUAUGUGGAGUGCACGGUGGUAUCUGAUAGCAGUGAGAUUUCAUCAAACAUUAGUAGAUCAUUCUUUUACAUUGACAAAUUGGCAUCGAUUCUUUUAUAGGAUGAACACAGGUUGACUGAAUACCCCCAGAUACUGCUACCUUUAGACCAGUGCUGGGUGGAUACUUCUGGGCAUACUACUCUGACAUGGUUCACAUUUUUUCUUGUUAAUAUAAGAACAUCUGUUACCU